AUGAUUCAACUUGAGGGUGUCUUACUUUUCGCACUCGAUGUCGUUAAGGGACCGUAUGUACACUGUGGUGCUCCUUAUAAUCCCUUUCUUGGGCACAAUGGAGAUGACCAUUCCACAAACAAUCACCACCCGACCCAGACUUCGUCACUGAGCAUCAAGCUGUCAAACAAAAGAUCAGUGGAAAAGGAAAAAACAACCGAUAAUUCCUCAUUCCCCUCGGUGCGGAUUUUUCAGGAUGAUGAUACCGAUGCAUGGAAUGAGAAAAACACCGCUAUGGAUCAUACCCAGGGCAGGAACACUGAGGCCCUUUUCAGCUCUGAUGCGAUAAGUACGGAGGCAACCAACGGCGAGACCACAGUCACUACUGCGACAGGAGACCGCGGGAUAGGGGGGCUUAUUGAUCUUUUCGUGCCGCGUUCAGAGUUUUGCCAUCGUGUUCUCUGGCUUCAUCCUGCAGAGUCAGGUAUUUUUUAUCUGUACUAUCCUGAGGAAAUCCCAGGUGAACAUUACCAACGUAAAACCCUACGGUACUCUCUUUGCUUCAUGUUUCAGGUCAAUCCCCACUGGAUGUCUAUCGGUGAGUCUCACAUUCAACAACUUGUGAAGCCUUACAGUAUGAUGCUCCGUAACGUUGCCGAAAAGUUAAGGUAUGCUGAGGUAAACUACCGAUACAUAAGUCGCGCUUUAACGGCAACCAAUGUCUUCCCUUCGGGGCACUUUGCCGAUGCACACACUGGAGUUGCCCCCCCGACGUUGAUCGUGUCUAGCAGUAACACCCUUUCGAAUUUAGUCAAUGAGGACGAAACUUGCGUUCCAUCAAGAUCUGAAUAUGGGAAUAAUACUCCGAUGGCAGCCGCGAGAUUGGCCUCCACUGAAACUACUUUUCCUACAACAAGUACAGAGCAUGCCAACACUACCGGAAGUCAAUUUCUUUCCUUUUCUUCCUUUAAUUGUCCGUGUGUUGAGGGGAUAUUGCCAUCCCAGCCUGUGAAUGCGACUGAGGAAGUUGUGUCAUGUGUUGUUUGUGGAAGGAAUAAAGUAGUGCCCUCUGCAACGGAGUCCACCACGGGUGCAGUCGAAUUUUCGGUGUCGUCCACGCUUGAAAAAAGGGUUACACCUUUUAGGGCAAUCCCUGAGGAGGCUGCAAGGUCCCACGUGGACGGAAAUCUCGUGGAAGGGAGUAAGAAAAUCCCAGAGGACGGGGACGAAAUAACCACCAGGACCACGGUGGCUGCAGGCGCCGUCCCUCAGAGCAACCACGAGGAUUCCGUACCGAACAUUUCACGUUUCUCAACCGUAACGUCAUCUUCAGGCCUAAGCACCAGGUAUAUUCCUCCCGAUAUGUUGUACCGACAACUCUAUACGUCGGGGGCAUCCACCUCCGCGUUCCCUUCGACCGCGACGCCUGCCGUUACGGCAGCGGCAACACUCUACCCGGCACUCAAUUGUUUCAUUACGCCACUGGUGGAACACAGGUGGACACCGUUGGGGGAAUUCAUCGAGGGGCUCUAUCAUGUCCUACGCAAGGCUGACCUCGAUGAUGCUGGUGUUGAAGAAAGUUAUUUCAAGACGAUCGGCACUCUGGAGGCGUCGGGGCAAAAACAAGAGACCGGAGUUUCCCUAGACAGAGAGUACGCGUGGGAUCGAUCAAAUACGAAAUCCCCCUCAUCUGCGUUAUCGACCUCAAAGGUCGUGGCGUGUGUGACGGCGGCUUCACCACUCAGGGUGGGCUGCGACAGCUACGAACCGCAUUUGAUGGGUACUGUAAGUGAGGCGGAGAGUACAGAGAAGCAGUCAGACAACGUAUUCGUCGAAGUGAGCGAUAGGGGUUUCUCUGCGGAAUUUAACGACCGAUGUACAAAGCAUAUUGAAAGGCGUGCCUCCGUACUGGCUGCACGUUUGCGUGAUAAAAAAGUACAUGAUCCUAAGUUUGUGUAUCUAUCCAACAUCCUCGGCAUUCGUAUUUCUCGCAUAGCGCCUCUGCAAGUCGCAGAGACAAUUCGUCUAGACCAAGUCCCCGUCCCUAUUGUUUCAUGCAGUAUGGCUAAGAUGGAAAUUUUCGAGCGGAUGGAUCUUAUUGUUCACGAAGCAUUAAAACUUAUUGACGGUUGCCGUACGGUGGCAGCUAUCGCCUUUAUCUUAUCGAUUAAACUGAGCGCACAGCUAAGGGAGUUUUAUAGCACAACAGUGCAGAAGGUCGCUAGUUCGGUGGUAAAACCAACUCUUCCCUCAAACAACAAAAGUUAUACAUAUCAGAGUGAACCAGAAAGAAAAAAAAGUGUAUCACACGGAGGUGUAGCUAGUAACACUACACCUGGUAGCGGUUUAGAUGCGUCGUCACUUAACUCUAUCUACACUUCUAAAGGUUCGCAUCCCAAUCUCUCACCGCAUGUUCUCGUCAGCGUAUUCCACUAUGCUCCUACCAACGAGUCUGUGGCACCAGCGGCGUUUAUUCCCAAUUCUAUUCCUUCGAACAGUUUGAAUAGGCGUAAAGCCAGCGAUAACAGUCCCCUCCGCAGCUUCUUACACAGCCAAAACGCUCCAUCUGUGGGGAAUCUGCGUUACCCACCUGAUAUGCUGUCGAGUGUGCUCGAACGCGGUACAAAGAAUAUACUAAACCCAACCAUUUCUACUUCUUCCUUCGCCGCUUCCGAAGGGUCAAUGGUGGUUGAGCUGCCGACCUGCUGGAAGGUUGUUCUGGAUGCUCUUGUGGAGGCCUUACUUCACUUGCAAAUGUGCAAUUUUGUGCGUCUGCUUGACGUUUGGAGCCCGCACGCGUGUUAUCAGGUCACUGAGCGUUUUUACGAUAUACUUACUAAUUGCAAGCACCCAGCACGAGAGGCCAUUGGCUCUUAUAUGAUACAAGUUACUGAUCAAAUACGUUUGGCACCACGGAAGAAGAUGCGUAGGUUGGGCGCGCAAAAGUCAGGGAACAAAUACCAGGAGAAAGACAUAUUGAAUCCAAAGGAUAGAACUGAGCAAACUGAAACAUCUGAAGGAUUUCCCUCUCAAACCAAACCACACGGUACAGUGUCUGGGCAAAGCAAAAAAAAAUCAGGUUCCGAUGGGUUGAGUGUGGAGUUCCGCUCUGCUGAAACGCACGAGUCGAAAGCUUCAUCACACGCUGUCGAGACGCCUAUUCACCCGAAGUCGCGCGACUCCAUGUCGUCCACUACUACUACUACGACGUCUUCCCUAAUCGUUAAAAAGCACCAUGAUAGGGAGAUCAAAAAAAGUGAAUUGAAGCCAGCACCACCCUUUGAUGAGGAUGGGACGAAUGAGCUACCUCGGCGAAACAGCGCUUCUUCUGCCAUAACUACAAGGGCCACUACUUCCUGUGUGCCUGCCCCGUGUACCACAUCCCCGUCUUUAUUUUCGUUACCACGGCAAUACUCCAAGAAAGUGUACAGCCUAAUCACAGAACAACAUGUAAGCUGUGCUGAUCCCCAUGCCCCCACACCUGCGGUUGGCUCUACAGCUGCUAACAAUAAACAUGAUAGGCUUAUUUCUGGAGGACGAACGAGGCUGACACCGGGGGUAGCCAUAAGUCCGCCAACUCUCUCCACAAGUCCCUUUUCACAAUGUGCAUCUAUGCACGACCAAAGAGGAAAUGUCAUAGAUACCCCAUCGUUUUCUCAUGCAUUGCCACAGGCGAACAUUGUUCUGAGUCUAGGGAUUGGGGUUGGGACGGAAGCGAGAUCGAAUCGAUUGUAUCUAACGCUCUCGGCUGCAUCACUGAGUACACACUCGACCUUAAGGCCAUCGGCCUCUAUCUCAUUGUCAGUUUCUUCUGCACUCGGCGAAGAUACGACCCCAACUAGCAAAUACAUCUUUCCUGCUAGCUGGAGUUCGAACGAGGGAAAGUUUUCGGAGUUCUUAAUUGCGAAAAGUGGGAAGACAGGCCUCAUUGGAGGCAGUGUGAAAGAACCCACCGUUGGUGAUUGGGUCGACAGUAGUGACGGUUUCAUUUCAAGCACCACCAGCUCUGAUCUGUGCUCUGACAUAUCUUCCUUGUCAUCGUCGACCGUGGCAUCACUACAGGCACCAGAUACCGUAGCACCCACGAGUAGCGAUGCCACAAACUUUCUUUUUGCAGAGGCAGCCAUACACAAUCUCCAUAAAAAGGUAACUCACCAUCAUGAGGUUCCUAAAUUAUCUUCCCCUCCGAUUGUCACUCCCCGCCUUAGUCGGUAUACCAUAUCUCACACCGAGACAGAAAUAAGUUUGGCGUCAUCCGCCGCGCUAUGUGCACUAGGAAAGUUCCAACACAACACAGUUGAAGCCGUGCAGCUUGAGAUGCGAUGGCUACCGGCGUGGGCGGGAGCCUUUGCAGGCUGGGCAACGCCCUGCUGCUGGGCUUUGGUAGAACUGGCGAUACUAAACGGCUGGCUUGAGAAGGUAUUGGUCUAG